UUGUAAUUGAAAAUUAAAAAAGAUGGCGGUAAAUCAACAAAGAAAGCGAGCAAUGAAGCGCCUUAUGCAGGACUAUGAAGAACUGCAGAGGGAACCCGUCGAGAACGUAUCAGCCAUGCCUCUAGACGCCAACGUAUUUGAAUGGCACUGCAACUUCAAGCACGAUGACAUCAUAUACCACCUCAUUUUAUUUUUCACCGAAAAAUACCCGUAUGACUCUCCAAGCGCAGAGUUUGUUCCCGUAGGUUUCCGCUACAACAGUGGCGCCACCAUGCCGGGAAAGGUUGGAACUAAAGUGUGUUUGAAUAUCUUUUCUGACUUUGCUUAUAUUCACACUGAAUGGAAAGAUGAAAAAUCUGUUGGCUGGUCUCCCGGAUAUACCGUACAGACCAUUCUUCUUAAUGUGGUGGCUUUCCUGGCGGAGACACAGUCGGGUGACUACGCUUGGAUGAAGGACGCGUCGGACCAUAACCGAAAGAUUUCGAAAGGAUUCAAAUGUGAUUGUGGUCACACUUAUGCGAAACCACUUCCGGCAUUUGACGCGGGUAAACCCGAAAAAAGCGGGAAGAAAACAGACAAAAAAGGCAAGCAAACUAAAGCGGCAGCAAGUGGCGAAUCUGUGCCAGACAUAAUAGAUUAUGCUUCAAAGGAGCGUUUUGACAAAUCAGUAAAACCAAAGUCGAACGAUGAUCUGUUUGGAUACGGUUUAAUAGUAUCAGGUCCCCCACAUAGACCAGCUCUCACAACACCCUGCGAAUUCAUUAAACUGGAAUCGUUCGAAGCAAUGAAAAAAGCAAUAGGCACUGUCAAAAGUGUUAUGAAGGAAGAUAUCAAAUUCUUCCUCCCAAUGUAUAUCACUCCCAACCAUGGCUCUAUGAUUAAAGAGACUUUUGAGAAAUGCUUAAACGAGGUGGCAGCUAUUUUACCAAAAUGUAAGCCAAACAAAACUCCCCUUAAGGACCUCAUCAUUAAGGUCAUACCGAACUUGAUGAGCGCCACAGUGGUGGAAUUUUCUAAAGGGACACAACACACAAGCGAAAACAGUCUUAACGGCUACUUUUCUCUACAUAGAUUGUUUCUGUGGGCACUGGACACGUACCCUGAAUUACAGGAGGAGAUCGACUCCAGACUAAAGGUUUUUAUCGAUGACGUGAGUGAAAGAAGCAAAAAGGCAUGUCCGCACAUUGGAGAAUGGUUGAUGCUUCUAGCAGCUUCAUUCAAGUACAGGUGGCAGGAUGCUGCUUGGGCUUAUCUGUCAGAAAGCUUCAAGAGAAACGUUAUGUGGUACGUCAAAGAGGACGCUAAACUGGGCAUGCUCGACACUGACAAAGACUAUCGCAUCCGGGAAACACUUCAGAGGACUCUGGUUAGCCGGAAGCUGUUAGCCUUCCAGGUGCUCUUUCUGGACAUUGCCAUGCCCAAAGGAAAAUCGAAAGCAGACCUGGUCAAGCGAUACGAUAAUAACUUAGGCUUCCCUACGGAAGAAAUGGUGAAACAGAUGAAGGAAUCUGUCCAGCUCAUCAAUAACAUGAAAACCUACUCUGAUUGGUUUAACGUCCUGAAGAUAAAGCCCCUCCGAGAUGAUGAGGUAUUUGAUAAGCUGGUGUCCGCGGUCCAGUACGCUAUCGAUACGGACGGAUACCACUGGACAUUUUGGAAGACGGGGGGAGGCUGGGGGGAGGUCCUCCGUAGAUAUAAACCUUACAAAAAGAAAGAAGACAAAGACACUGGGAAGAAAAAGGCUGACGAUGACGAUGUAGAGCCUAGCGCAAAGAAGAAGAAACCUGCCUUGAAAAAGGAAGAUUCGAAGCCAAAAGGGCGCGGACGAGGGGGAAAAGCAGCCGCGGCGGCAGCUAAACCCGCGGGUAGAGGGGCUAAGAAAGCCGAGGAAGAGCCGAAAGCACCUGUGGGUAGAGGUCGGGGGCGUGGGCAGAAACGAAAGGCCGAAGAUCCUGCACCUGUGGGCCGGGGACGUGGAGGAAAAAAGAAGAAAUAAUAUUUAACAAUUAAAGUACAUGUAUACAGAGUUAUGUAUUUAGGUUAUUAUAUACUAAGUACUCAUUCGUCUGAAUAUAUAGAUGAGCCUUUGAAAUGUAAACUGCGAUGGACGCCUAAGUUGAAAAAAAGAGGUUUCCUAUAGGAUGUAGUAGUUUUUAGUAUUCCUCUGCUAUUAGUUUGACAAUGUUGUUUUGUUUUUGUUUUUGUUUGGUUUUUUUUUUUUUUUUUUGUAGCAAAUUUGGAGUAUAUUUGUAUUUAUUUUUAUCACCAAGAUAAUAAAAUGUACAUGGUAGCUUAUGACAGUUUUAUUUACGUUUCAGCUUGUAAUGAAUAUCAUGCGAGUCUUGCACCCAUAUGCACAAUGAUGUUUAACAUG